AUGGCUACGGAGGAAUCAACGAGCGUGAUGGAUGAUUAUGAGACGUUGAUUUCGACGACCGAUGUUGAGCUCUUGAAAAGAGCGUGGCGUAACGAGAAAUCUGCUCCGGAGAUUCUUCAGUUUGAAGCUUCUUUAGUUCAAAGAAUCAAAGAGCAAAUUGAAUUAGCGGAACAAAAUGUGGAGAUGUUUGAAGCAGAUAAUAUAGAUCCACUCACUGUGUCUCUUUACCAAAUGGACUUGGAUAGGACCCAAUUUUUGUUGAGAUCAUAUCUGCGGGUUCGCCUUCAAAAGAUUGAGAAGUAUUUGUUCUAUAUUUUGAAAACUGAUGAGUCUCUAAACCGGCUAUCUAGGCAGGAGCAAAUGUUUGCGAGAAGGUGCACGGAUGAUUUGGGAAGCCAUCUUGAUGAGACUGUUUUGGCAAAGUUGCCUGAUAACUACCAGUCCAUAUUGAAGCAAUCUAUUACCAGCGAAGAGGAUGAUAUGGUCCCAGUGCCACGGCUCGACACAUUCGUUAUCUGCAAAGCCAAGCAAUAUCUUUCUGGCCUUGACUUUGAGCCUGAGUACAGCAUGGAAAUCACAGAGAUGGAACGUGAUUUACUUACCUUUGUAUGCUACAAGUUCGUAAAGAAGCCUUUAGAGAAUGGGAAAAUAGAUUUGGUCUAA